UUUUGUCUUUUGUGAUCUUCCAUUGUCGAAUAUACGCACACAACACACACAACACAAGUAAAGAAAGCAGUUAUUACAACAAAUCUCACCCCAAAAAACAAACAGAAAACACACAACUUCAGUUUAUGCUGGUUUCUUGGAAAUUCCACACCACCCUAUCAACCGCGCCACCGUGUCACUGCCGCAGUAACCGUCUCGCCGCCGUCUCUCUAAACCACACUCUCAUCAUCGCCACCCAUCGACUAAUGCCAACCGGCGAACUCCGCUACGCACCGCCGCCGACGGCGAUGUCUAACUCCUCCUCCGGCGGCGGGUUCGAAGAAGAGGGGUGGCUGUGGGCGCAGAUCAAGGCGGAGGCACGCCGUGACGCUGAGUCUGAACCAGCGCUCGCGAGUUACCUCUACUCCACGAUUCUCUCACACUCGUCUCUAGAACGGUCACUGUCGUUCCACCUCGGGAACAAGCUCUGCUCCUCCACUCUUCUCUCCACGCUCCUCUACGACCUCUUCCUCAACGCGUUCUCCUCCGACCCUUCUCUCAGCUCCGCCGCCGUCGCUGACCUCCGCGCCGCCCGGGAGCGCGACCCCGCUUGUGUGUCGUACUCCCACUGCCUACUCAAUUACAAGGGUUUCCUCGCCUGUCAGGCUCACCGCGUGGCGCACCUGCUGUGGGGGCAGUCGCGGCGGCCGUUGGCUCUGGCGUUGCAUUCUCGAAUUGCUGAUGUUUUCGCGGUGGACAUUCACCCGGCGGCGACGAUUGGGAAGGGGAUUCUGUUCGACCAUGCUACUGGAGUGGUGGUGGGGGAGACGGCGGUGAUUGGGAACAAUGUGUCGAUCCUGCACCACGUCACACUGGGUGGGACUGGGAAGAUUGGUGGGGAUCGCCACCCGAAGAUUGGUGAUGGGGUGCUAAUUGGUGCUGGUGCUACCAUUCUGGGGAAUGUUAAGAUUGGGGAAGGUGCCAAGAUUGGUGCUGGCUCGGUGGUUUUGAUCGAUGUGCCGCCGCGGACGACUGCUGUUGGGAACCCGGCGAGGUUGGUUGGUGGCAAGGAGAAGCCGUCUAAGCAUGAAGAUGUGCCUGGGGAGUCCAUGGAUCAUACUUCCUUCAUGUCUGAAUGGUCAGAUUAUAUCAUUUGAAUUUCAAAUGUGAAUGCUUGAUAUUUAAACACUUGGUGUUGAAAGUGCAUUGCUUUAGCAACAAACUAGCAUUUUCCAGUCUCAUGUGUUCUGCUAUUGCAUAGUUGAACAUUUGGACUGAGAUUUUAUAGUUAGUAAAUAAACUCUUGUGUCAAGAAAUGAACCUAUAACGUUAGUCUAGUAAAUACUAAAUAAUGCUAAUUGCUAAGUUAAUUGCUGAUAUGAAAAUGUUCGUUUCUACUUAGUGUACUGUACUGUAUGAUGAUUGGAAAUUGUGGCAUCAUGCUAUGUAAUAAGAUAUGUUGCAGUACACAGAAUCUGGUUUUGUUGAUUA